AUUACAAACACAUUCUACCCACAAGCUUUUUCAAUUCACAAGCCUUUGUCUUGGCAUCUUUGUACAAAAAAAAAAACCUUUCUUUUCUUUUUGAGUUUUUUCCCAGAAUUAUACUAGAUCUUUGCUUCUUAUUUCUUCUUCAAUUGAACCCUUUUGAGAUUUUUGCAGGUGAAUUAUUAACGCUGCACGCCACUAAAUUCCUGAUCUUUGUUCAGAUCAUCCAUCGAAUAAUCAGUCUUUCUCGACUUUUGGAACUCUCAGAUUUAACAAAAGAAAUAGGGAAUGCUGCAAGAUGUGCAUGAUAUCCAAGGAUUCUCUGUCCAAACCCACUUUGUUUAGAGCUCUACUUGAACUACCUUUAUCAACCAUCGACAAGAACAAAGAUAUCAUCUGCAGUUCCCGAUACAUUGAGCUCUACAUGCCCACUGUUGCCAGGAAUGUCAAAGACUAUCUUGUUUCUACAUAUGAGCUCUGCGAAGAUGGUUGACUGAUUCUUGACAUUGCAUUUAGUAGAAUAGUAAAGAAGGAUUAGAUAUUUCUCUGUGAAUAUUAUUAAUCUAUCAGCAGUCUUUAGAUGGCGGAAAACAAAGUCACCAUCUUGAUGCAGCGAUAUGAGCUGGGAAAGCUACUGGGACAGGGUACGUUUGCAAAGGUGUACUUUGCUAGAAACAUCAAAAGUGAUGCAAGUUCUGCAAUCAAAAUAGUUGACAAGGAGACUGUUUUGAAGGUUGGAAUGAUUGAGCAAAUUAAGCGAGAGAUUUCUGUUAUGCGACUUGUGAAACACCCUAAUGUGGUGCAGUUGUAUGAGGUUAUGGCUAGCAAAGCUAAGAUCUACUUUGUCAUGGAAUAUGUCAGAGGAGGCGAGCUUUUUAACAAGGUUGCCAAAGGCAAGUUGAAGGAGAAUAUUGCAAGAAAGUACUUCCAACAGUUAAUCUCAGCAGUAGAUUACUGUCAUAGUAGGGGUGUUUACCAUCGUGAUCUGAAGCCAGAAAACCUGCUUUUAGAUGAAGAUGAAAACCUUAAGGUAACGGAUUUUGGGCUGAGUGCUUUUGCUGAUACCCGAAAGCAAGAUGGUUUGCUUCACACCACCUGUGGGACCCCUGCCUAUGUUGCUCCGGAGGUUAUUCGCAGGCAUGGUUAUGACGGAGCAAAAGCAGAUAUCUGGUCAUGUGGGGUGAUCUUGUUUGUGCUGUUAGCGGGAUACCUCCCGUUUCAGGAUUCCAACUUAAUGGAAAUGUACCGAAAGAUUGGGAAGGCAGAGUAUAAAUUCCCGAAUUGGAUUCCAUCAGAUGCACGGCGAUUGCUCUUCAAGAUCUUGGAUCCGAACCCUAGGACACGGAUCUCAACAGCAAAGAUUUUGCAGAAUUCUUGGUUCCGGAAAGGGUUUGAUUCUAAACUCUUACAAGUUAGUCCUGUAAUAAAUGAUAUGAAGCCUGACGUGCUAGAUAUUGAUGCUAUCUUUGGCCCUUCUGACAACAUAGAAGCGAAACAAGAAGAUGCUCAACCAUGUUAUAACUUGAAUGCAUUUGAUAUCAUCUCUUUCUCCGAAGGGUUUGAUCUUUCUGGUUUAUUCGAGGAGAAGAGCCAGAAAAAGGAUGUUAGAUUUUCAGCCUGUCAGACUGCUUCAACAAUCAUAUCAAAGCUUGAGGAAGUAGCUAAGAAGUUAAAACUGAAGGUCAAGAAAAAAGAUGGAGGGCUCAUGAGAUUUGAAGGGUGUAAAGAAGGGAGGAAAGGGGUUUUAUCUUUCGAUGCUGAAAUUUUCGAGGUUACUCCAACCUUCCAUAUGGUCGAAUUGAAGAAGCGUGGUGGCGAUUCGUUGGAGUAUCAGAAGGUUGUGAAGAAGGAAAUGAGACCAGCUCUCAAGGAUAUUCUUUGGACUUGGCAAGGUGAGCAAGAAGCACAAACUUCCUCAGGCUAAUAGUAGUUGUAAAUUUUUUGUUUAUGAUAUGCUUAGUAAUGUAGUAGCUGAAGAAAAGGGUUAAAUCUCCCAUUAUGUGUGUUAUUCUUAUGAGUUUCCUGUGGUAAUAUGUUUUUUAACUGUAAACAUGUAAUUCCAUUUGUAUGAUAAUCUGAAAGAUGAAUAUUUCUGGUUC